AUGGAAUGCCACCUUACGACAAGUGUUAAGGAAAAAAUUGAGGCAUUGAAUUCCGAUCUUGUAAUAAUACCGGGUGGUAUUACUUNUGCUCCAGCUGCUGUCGAUGAAGAAGGAAGAGACAUCAAUCCUCAUAUUCCACAAUAUAUAGCAACUGCUCCUUGGUACUUUGGUUCUUCCUGUCCCACUCUGAAACAUCAGCGACUUCAGCCAGAAAGACGACAAAGUUAUACCAAGAUCAAAGAACAUUUUGUUAGAGGACUAAAGGUGUUGAAGAAGAGAGAGAAACAGACUACUUUGGACACGUUUUUUAAGAAAGACAUUAAUCCUCACAUUCCACAAUAUAUAGCAACUGCUCCUUGGUACUUUGGUUCUUCCUGUCCCACUCUGAAACAUCAGCGACCUCAGCCGGAAAGACAACAAAGUUAUACGAAGAUCGAAGAACAUUUUGUUAGAGGACUAAAGCGGCCAAGAAAAAUUGGUGCCAAAUUCACAAAUGAAGAUAUUGCCGAAGAUGAAGUUAUUUUGCCAGAUUUAAAUUUGGACUACGAUGGAAAGAGAGAUCGAUGGAACGGAUAUGACCCUGCAAAUUAUCAAGCCAUUCGGCCAAGAAAAAUUGGUGCCAAAUUCACAAAUGAAGAUAUUGCCGAAGACGAAGUUAUUUUGCCAGAUUUAAAUUUGGACUACGAUGGAAAGAGAGAUCGAUGGAACGGAUAUGACCCUGCAAAUUAUCAAGCCAUUGUGGAAGAAUUUGCAAAAGUCGAAGAGGCUAAAAGGCAAUUAAAAGAGGAAAAAUUAAAGCAAGAUCUUUUAUCUGGUGAAGUUAGCACUAUAAAGGAAACAAAUAAUGAUGGUGAUACAGAUGAUGAUGAAGACGAAGAAAAAUACGCCGACAAUGCAGACAUGCCGGGUACAAAAGUUGACAGUAAACAACGAAUUACUGUUCGUAAUUUACGUAUAAGAGAAGAUAUUGCAAAAUAUUUGAGAAACUUAGAUCCAAAUUCUGCAUACUAUGAUCCAAAAACAAGAGCCAUGAGAGAUAAUCCAUAUCAAGGAAGAAAAAAUCCAGAAGAGUUACAGUAUGCUGGAGAUAAUUUUGUUAGAGUUACCGGAGAUACAGAAAAACAUUCUCGGACACAGGUGUUUGCUUGGGAAGCAUAUAGAAAAAACGUGGACGUCCACCUCCAGUCUGAACCUACAAGGGCUGAACUUUUGUAUAAGGAGUUCGAAGUUAAAAAACAGGAAUCUAAAUGUAGAAUAAAAGAAAAUAUUCUUGACAAAUAUGGUGGAGGUGAACAUUUGCAAGUCCUUCCAAAGGAACUCAUCUUUGGGCAAUCGGAGGAUUAUGUAGAAUAUUCUCGGCAUGGUGUCAUUUUGAAAGGAACUGAGAAACCGGUAGUUCGAUCUAAAUAUGAAGAAGAUGUUUUUAUCAAUAAUCAUACAUCUGUCUGGGGUUCGUAUUGGUGUGACGGUCUUUGGGGAUAUAAAUGUUGUCAUUUGUUCAUCAAGAAUUCUUAUUGCACUGGAAAUAGUGGAAAAGAAGCUGCUGAACAGGCCUCGCGUGUAGUAAUCUUGCCACCAGACAAUGAUGAUGACUUAAUAGAGCAAGUAAAUGAAGAAACUCCCAAGGAACAAGAUGUACCAAUAACCACUACUAAACCUAAAGCAUUAAUUGAGCUCUAUCAAGAACAAAUGCUAGAGAAAAAGAGACAGAAACGCUUGAAGAAGAAGCGACGUCAGAGAGAGAAUGCCAAAAGAAGAGCCGCAAAGAAGAACGAAAGUUCGGAGAGCGAAUCCAUCGAUUCGGAUACUUCGGAUGAGGAAAAAUUAAAUAGAAAGAAAACCAAGAAACUGAAAAAGGCUCUGGAAGAAGAGGAGGAAUCUAAAAGAAAAGCGGAUCGGCUGUUGGCCAUGGACGAAAGGAAGAGACCGUACAACAGUAUGUACGAAAGCAAGGCACCCACCGAAGAACAGAUGGAAGCCUAUUACAUAAAACGGCAAAGACCCGACGAUCCUAUGGCCGCAUUUCUGACCAAAGACUAAUACGCACAGUACAUAUUGAAUGAUUUUGUAACUGUUUGUAUAUAAUAUAAGUCGUAUUCGUCUACUCUGUUUAUUAAUAAUCGACUACGAUGUUUAUUAAAGUAUUAUAAAGUCGAA